AACAAGAAGUAUUGGUCGACCAUCUCUAAUUGGACUUAUCUUGACUAAACACAACAAAGACAAAUUUUUAGUUUAUAUAUGUUGACUUGCAGUUGCUCAGCCAGGACAAAAUGAGUUGCUUUGGUUGCGGUCGCAAGUAUGGUAUAUUCAACAAAGAAUAUGGAUGCCCAAACUGCGGCUACUCAUUUUGCUCCAAAUGUUUGAAAAGGCCGAUGCCUGUGCCCCGACAUUCGGGAAAGGUACUAAAUGUGUGUCUUAUAUGCUACGAUAAGUUAUCCAAACUCCAGGCCAGUGCCGAUUCCGAUAAGGUUAUAGACUGUGAGGCCCUGCCCGGGGUCUUAGUCACCAAAUUCUGUCUACCUCCUCCAGCCAAAAGCUUAGAAGAUGCCGAUGUGCUCUUUGGUGAAACCUUGCCUGUUGAGGAACUACCAGAGGCUUUGGUUCCAAGUUCCAGUUCAGCACUACAUUCCAAAAAUCAUAAAGAUCAUAUUGAUGAGAACCUGGACAGUGAACUGACGAAACGAAUGCAGAAUUAUAAACGUGUUGAUGCCACAGAUGAUGAGAUUAGAGCUCGUCUUGCCAAUCUGACGGGAAUACCCAAUAACAAAAGUUACGAUAAAAAGGUUUUGCUAUUAUCCACUGACCAAAGAAACGACGAGGAAAAAAUGAGAGAUCUGCUCGAACAGUUUGUCGAGGAAACCCAAUUGGACCAGCAAGUCAAUAUGCAGAGGGAUGAUUCCAUUUCCGACAUUGAACGACGUCUGCGAGCUCUACGUGAUACACCCGUCGAUUCAGAUACAGGCCCAUCGAAAUCCCAGAUGGACAACGAGGAGGAAGUGGACGAUGAGAUUCUAUUACAAAACAUAAUGAAAAAAUAUGUUGACGAAUCGCGCUUACCAACAGUUUCUCAAAAUGAAAUCGGUCAAAUUAAUAGCACGGUUCCCAACAUUAACACCGAAGAAUUGCCCUGGUGCACCAUUUGUAACGAGGACGCGGUUUUGCGUUGCCACGGAUGUGGUGGAGACCUCUUUUGCAAUCAAUGCUAUAAGGAAUGCCACGAUGACGAUGAGGACUACCGCUCUCAUGUCAAGGAGAAAUAUUCUGCGCCGCCAAAGCUUGAAGAAAAUCAUUUCUAAUUGUUAAAGAUUACUUGGCUAUAAACGGUUUUGUUUUAAUUAUACGUUGCUUACAAAAAAAAACUUUGUAGUUCUAUCUCGCUCUUAUCUAUGCAAAGUAUAUUUUUCCACCUUUC